ACAAGCGCAGCGGCAUUCUUCCGAGCCCCCUCUUCGCCAUUUCGCCUGCUCCGUGAUCGCCGUCGCGCACCAUUUCGCCGCCCUGCCCCGCCCCAGCAACGAUUGCGUGCGGGAUCUCAAACCCUAGGGUUCCCUCGGCGCUGACGGGAGCAACCUCUCGCCGCCGACGCCGCUAUCGCCCGGCAGAUUCGUUGACGAUGGGGCGCUCACGGCCCUCGCCUCCGCCUCCUCACGCGAGCGAGAUCUUGCUGGUUUUAUAUUAAGAGAGGGAAAUGCCAUACAAAAUUAUGGUGAUUGGUUUACUUGGAUAUGAUUUCCAAUAACUGUGCCCUGGUCAAUAUGGAUAUUUGGUACGGCAGUAUUGUCAGAGAAUGAUAGAAAACACUAUUGACAGAGUAUUAGACUGUAUAUUGGAUCCAAAAAUGUGAGAACAGAAUAUGGUUCAGCAGUCCAUAGUUUUGCUGCUGUUGCUUAUAAUCUUGCAAGGUUAUCAGCCAGAUUGUUACAGUUAACUUGCAAGGCUAUAUAUCAGCCACAUUGUUACUCUGAACUUGGAAGUUUAAUAUGCCUGGAAUCUUUCACAGGAUUGGGAGUUUGGAUAUACCCUAAUGAACUACAACUGACCAUUAAGCAGCACUGCCUGUUGAAAAGUUGCUAGUUUACUCAUUUAACUUCCAUAUAUGAAUGUACACACCUGUAAUUUUGUUUAGCAGAUCAGGAAUAGGGGGCUCACCUCAAAGCAUGUGACCACAAUUUGCCUUGAUGGAACUGACAAGGAAGCGUUAGCAAGCUAUCUUAGUGGCAUUGAAGAGGUAAUUAAUUGGUCAUAUGAAGAUGGAAUUAAGGUGGAUAUCUCAGAUAUUUGUGGACAGUGCCAUGAGGUAUUCACUACAAGAGCUGGAGGCUCAAUGGAAGUGGAAUUCGUGUACAUGGGUCGGUCUAUAAGAUUCUUGAUACAGGGAAGAAAUCUGUACCUUAGAGGAUGGAAAGCAAGGGAUUGUGUUUUUGAGCUUAACCAUGACCAACAUGAGAACUUCACUCUGGACCCAAAGUGCAUCAGACUCAAAACUGGUUUGAACUAUAACAAGCUUGUUUUCGGGGGUGUUGAGAAUACUCCCACUGGUCUAUGGCCUGUUAGAAAAGCAUUUGACAACUUCUGGAGGCAUGCUGGUGGUGAAAACAUAAAUAUAUCAGAAGAUGUUGCAAUAUUUGCUGUGAUUAUAUCUGAGGCAGCAAGAUUACGCCCGGUGCAUGACUACAUCAAAGAUUCUUUCCUUUCUGAGAAUCCGGGUUUAAGCAAAUUGGGGAAACAUCCCUCCAACCCCAUGUAUGUGAAGAAGUACAAGAAAAUUUCUGCUCACAUAAUGGAAAAUGUUGACCUCAUGAAACAGGGCCUAGAGCCAAAACCAUUCAAGCAUGAGAAACUUGUCAUAGAUUCUAUGGAAUCGGCUCUUAGUAUUGUCAGGAUCUUAUUCAGGGAUGCAUUUAACUCAGGAUUAUUUGAGCAUGAGAAACCUCCCAAGCCCAUCUUUGAAAACACAUUGGAUCGUCAGGAGGUUAAGCACAAAAGAAAGCAGGACAAGCGGAAAAAGAAAGGAAAGAAGGGAGGAGGGGGAUCAGGAGGGGGAGGUGGAGGUGGAUCGAUUGGGGAAGAAGUACCAAAGGGAGGAGGAGUUCGAGAAAGACUGAAGGGAGCAAGUUACAAGCAUGCCAGAGACAUUGACAGCAAGAGUAUUGGCCCCAGCAGUAAUGGCUCUGAUGAUGAGAAAGUGAACUGGAAGGCUCUAAAAGAUGUCAUAUACAAAGAGUGUUUUAUUCAUUCUGGUUUGAAGAUCUUAUCCAUUCUCUCUGAUGUCCGUCUGCAUCCCCACGAGCGGUGGAAUAUUUGUCAGAAGGUAGGAUCGAGGGCUGCAAUUCUGCAAAAUCUUGUCAACCCCAUUGAGGUGUUCGUAGAUGAUGAAUGUGCUGGGAAACCAGCUCCCCAAGUGCCAAAGAGUUCAAAACCAUCUAUUAUGAAGCUUAGGCAAGCAACAAGCAGAAACCUCAAGCGGGAAAUUGAACUGCUUAUGGAGAACCCACAGCGCAACUUCCCUCUAACCAACUUCUGUCUUGACCCCUCAAAGUUGAUUAAAUCUAGCACUAUGGUUUCCCCUGUCAUUUAUGCGCAACGUCGCCUGUCAUAUCUGAUGAAUGGCAUGGGAAGACAACAAGCUCUCGGUGAUGCAAUGCAAGCUUGGAGACGGCCAACCACUUUUAAUUUUCUGGAUGCUGCUCUGCCUUCUUUAGGCAUGGAAAUUGAAUCUGAAGAAGCAAUCGAGGGUGCAUCAAAUUUUCAGCUUGAGCUAAAGAGAAGGGGGAUGUUCUCCAGCGCUCUCCUCUACGCAAGAAGGAGAUUGCCCUCCGAGUCCCAAUUGCCUUGUUCAUCACCAUCACUUAUGCACCAAGCAAGCGUACGCAACAAAGGCUGUUUGUUUUCAGGCAGCGCUCUUCAAAAGAAUUUCCAUUUAUGGAUUGCACGAGGUCUCAGGUUGCUACGCUGAUCUGACUGCGCGAUAACUUUCAUAUGCCGGGAAUUCAUGCUUAAAUAGCCAAUUAAGCCUGAUCAGAAUGUAACAAAAUUCUUGUGGCAAGUUGACAACUUGCUAUCCUGCUGAACAAAUAUUAUCCUCAGUAUUGUCGUCCUGACUUGUGGGUGAAUUCGAGAGCAUUGAUAUGAUGGAGGUAAUUUGGUUCCGCUGUA